CUCUUCCGAGAUCUUCUAACUAAAAUCCCACACAACUAAACAAGUCAACCCGACUUACAUUAAAUGAAUCGCUUUAGUCUCAGUACUCGUAUUAAUGAAACAAAACCACCAAGAAGUUAGACCGCUUCAUAAAACGAAGACCAAAUUAUUGAACCAAUUUAUUCAUUGAACACUCAAGAGAGUGACGACUGAAGAGUUUCAGUUAUUUGGAAUUACCAUCAAUGGGCGCUCACAGAAACAAUCAUGGAAAUCCCUGCAAUCUUAAUUCUCAUGAUGUAACUUGCGUAACAACAUGGAUAGGUAAAGGCCUUACCUGUUACUGCUUCAAGAGGAAGGGGUUCUAUGAACGUAUUUGCAUUACCUUGACACCCUUGCAGGAACAAAGACUUAAUAGGUUAAAGCAUCGCAUGAAGAUUUACUUUGAUCCCUCAAGAUCAGACCACCAGGAAGCUCUUAGGGCUUUGUGGUAUGCUACGUAUCCUGAUCAACAGCUCCAUGGUUUAAUAUCGGAGCAAUGGAAAGAAAUGGGAUGGCAAGGAAGGGAUCCCUCAACAGAUUUCAGAGGAGCUGGCUUUAUCUCUUUGGAAAACUUGCUGUUCUUUGCCAAGACAUUUUCUACAUCUUUCCAGCAUUUAGUGAAGAAACAAGAUGGAAAACGUGCAACAUGGGAAUAUCCCUUUGCUGUUGCUGGAGUAAAUAUAACAUUUAUGCUCAUACAAAUGCUUGAUCUAGAUGCUUUGAAAGGGAGAUCUUUUGUUAGAGCUGUUUUCUUGCAGAUGUUAUCAGAAAAUGAAUGGGCCUUUGAUUUGCUUUAUAGUGUAGCCUUUGUGGUUAUGGAUAAGCAAUGGCUAGAGAAGAAUGCCACGUACAUGGAGUUCAACGAUGUCCUUAAGUUAACGAGAGCACAGUUAGAGAAGGAACUUCUGAUGGAUGAAGUAUUAGGCAUCGAAGACAUGCCUUCAUUUAACCUUCUUUGUUAACCCUUGGAAAAUAUUAGCAAUGGCUCGACGUUUGAUGAUUUGCCGAUUUCUUAUUCCCUUGGAAGACCAAGUUAGUUGCUAGAAUGAUGUUUCUAGCUUCACCUUAUCUCCUGGAAUUUUUGGUUGGAAGAUAAAGCUCUGAUACAGAUAAAUAUACUUGUGCUUGUGCUGUUUUUCGGUUGAUGGAUAUGACCUUUUGCAGUUUUGUUGACACCAAAAAACAUUUUAGUGAAAAUUUUGUCUAGAGUAGAAGUUUGACACGAAUUGUUUUUAAAACAAAUCUUGUGUUAUUGUCUCAAUACAGAAGCCAAGGGGAGUUCUAGGGUGAUCAAAUAGUUAUUUAUCACCUUAAGGUAAAGGUGGGCCCAUUGUGGUGGCACCUUCAUGACCACAAAAAAAAAUUGUCCCCUCUAUUUUUUAUUUUGCUAAAAAUCAGUUAAAUGUUUUAUAAAUGUUAGAAAA